CACAAAACAAAAUAAGGAAUUAUUCUAGGACAACUGGUAGUGGUAUAGUUUGAUGUCGAUACUUCAAAGGAGAAAUAAAGUGGAAUAGCACAACCAUGUUGAAGACAAAAAGUCAACUUCCUGUACAAGGAACUAAUGACAGUAGCAUCAUUAGCAAGUUCUCCAUGGCAUCAAGGGGUUACUUCUGUGACAAGUUUCUCAAGUUUUUUGCUGCUAAGCAUCAACAUCGGUCACCGCUAAUCAAUCGAGGUUACUAUAUUAGAGCCAAGGCAAUGGAGAGAAUGUUUCAUCAGUUCUUCCAAACAGUAUUUGGAUUUCCUGAUAUACAGAUUAUUUCUCUGGGUGCUGGGUUUGACACAUCCUAUUUCAGGCUGGAAUCUGAAAAAUUUCUUUGUGGUACUAAAUUCAUUGAGGUGGAUUUUGAAGGUGUAAUAACCAGAAAGAUGACAUGUAUUAAUUCCCAUUCUAUACUCAAAGACAUGAUGCCAGAAGAUACCUCAACAUCUAGUAACAAAAGUAUUAUAUUUCAAGGAAGAAACUACAUUCUGAUUGGGGCUGAUCUUAGAGUAACCUGUGACCUAGACAAAGCACUAGAAGAUGCAGGAAUAAGUUUUGAAUCUCCAACUCUGAUUUUCUCUGAAUGUGCAAUGACAUACAUGGAAGUGGAGAGCUCUAACAGACUGAUUGAGUGGGCUGCAAAAAAGUUUCCAAAUGCUGCAUUUGUUACGUAUGAACAAAUCCACCCAGAUGAUGGAUUUGGUUUGAUCAUGCAGAAACAUUUUCAGUCACUUGGAUCUCCGUUAAGAAGUAUACAGACAUUCCAAACUGAAAAAUCACAAGAAAACAGAUAUAAGAAUCUGUGUUGGACAGAGUGUUACGUACUGGGAAUGAAUCAACUUUUUAGCAUGCUUCCUUUGGAGGAGCAGAAGAGGAUACAAAGUCUAGAAUUAUUCGAUGAAUUUGAAGAAUGGCACUUGAAGUGUUCUCACUACAUCUUAGCAUGUGCUUCUCAGGGUGUACUAGCCAGUUUUAGUAAGGCCUUGUGUUCAGACUCUUGCAAAGAUAAGCAGAACAAAUAUGAGCCUGUAAUUAGUAAAAGACUCCAUUGGACAGUAUAUGAACAUGGCAGUGAAUUACAGAGGUUUGGGCAACAAUGUGUGCUCCUUCCAAAUGGACUGGUGUUGACUUGCGGAGGUUUUGGCAUUCAAGAUGGCAAGCACCAAAGAUUAGGAGGUUGCUUACUGACAGAUGUGACUACUAAAACCUUUCAGAGUUGGAAGCUGGAACUAGAGGGCCAGGGACAUCACAUGGGCCAACGGAUCCAUCACUGUACUGUACUCUUAAAUGACCAAAAGUUGGUGGUGAUUGGAGGACGUUCUUCCCCAAGUAAAGCUUAUAAUGAAAUUCUUACCCUAAAAAUAAAAAACUCCACGACACAGACAUCAGGGAACAUAGUAUCUGCAGAGACUCGCUUACUGACACCUCAGUGUUCAAGCACAAGUUCAGAAUCUCCAUCUGCACGAUGGCGUCACACAGCAUGUGUAGUAAAACUUGGAGGUAUAGAGAAGAUUAUGGUAUUUGGAGGAAGAGCUCCUGGAUGUAAAGUCUUAGCCAGUUGCUUCAUUUUAGAAACAGAAAAGUGGACAUGGGAAAAGGUACCUCAAGAUCAACCUGAUGCACCUGGUCCAAGGCACUCGCACAGCUGUGCAGUGUGGGAGUCUGUGGUAGUGCUUAGUGGUGGAAUAGAUUCGGAAGAACAACCAGUUGCAGCUGUGCAUACUCUUGAUUUGAGUACUUUAAAGUGGAAACAACUGUUUAUCCCUUCAUUUAUACCCAGGUAUUCCCAUACAUCUCAUAUUUGGAAGGAUAAUUUAAUUCUUGUGGGUGGAGUCAACACACUACCUACAGCAUCCCCAGGGGUGGGAGUAGUGGAUCUUCAGACUUGUCAGUAUUGUGAAUGGCAUCUUCCACUUCAAAAUCCUUUAAGGCCCAUUUUGCUGCAUAAUCAUUCCAGUGUGCUACAAGAAGAGAGAUGGAAAAUCUUAAUCUUUGGAGGAGGAGGAAACUGUUUUUCUUUCGGGACUCACUUGAACUCCUGUGUGAUAGAAAUAGAUCUGCAGGAGUUAUGUGGAUGAGUUUGUUAUCAUCAUGCUUCUGUUAAGCAGUGACAGCUGAAGAAGGUAUGAAUUGUGAAUUAGCUCUCUGAUUUCAAAUAUUCAGAGCCUAGUGGUUAGUGUGCCAGAUGGAGAAUCUAAGGGUAUAUAGCUUGUAUCAUGAUGCCAUGAGAUCACAUUUUAAGACCAUUGACUAAGAUGCCUUCCCUUUAGCCUCAUCAGUUCUGGAUUAGCGAUGGAUAGCAAAGACAACCCUUAUGAAGUUUGCCACAAGUAUCUAAUACAAGUAAAACAAACUCAUAAUUUCAUGCUUACUAAAGCAAUAUUUUAUGACAGUCACUGCUGCAACUUGAAGCUUAGCUUUAGGUUGGAACAUAUUCUGGCUGUAGUUGUCUUGCUAUGUAACUGAUGUGGAAUUAAUUUACUAUAGCAGAACAAUGGACAGCUGUCACUGUGAGUGGAAAAUUAAAAAAAAAAAUUAAUGAGAUUAUCUACUUCACUUGUUAUGAACAGUUCAGAAGAGUGUGUGAAUUGGAAACAAGUGCAACUCUAUGAAACAUUACUUUUGUAGAUAACUGCAACCAUGGAACAGUGUCAACAACAUCAAGUUUCUUUAAAAAACAUUAUGAAAUAUGCCCUUGUGUUAAUCAUAACAAGUACUGAACAAUGUUUGUUGUAAUGUAAUGGAAGGUUCUAAUUCAGUGAAAAAAGAUUUAAAUAUCAUUGUCUAAAACAACCUGAUACUUUAUUUUUAAUUCUGCUGAAUAAAAGAAAACAUUAAAUUCUUUUACAUACAGUUCUUGAUUAGGUAUUCAUAAAUCUAAAAAUAUAGAUUUUUUCCACUUACCUUAAAACACAGUAACUAUCACAUAAAUACCAUUUGCUGAAGAUUGAUAUCACUUUGCUGAAGAGUGAUAGUAUAGUAUGAUUGUGUGUUGAAGUAUAGUGCCAUGAAUGUGACAGUGUAUAUUGUAUCAUGUUGCUGAAGAGCAUUACCAUAAUAUGGUGUGUUGAAGUAUAGUGCCAUGAAUGUGACAGUGUAUAUUGUAUCAUGUUGCUGUAUAGUGGUACCAUAGUAUGAUUGUGUGUUGAAGUAUAGUGCCAUGAAUGUGACAAUGUGUAUUGUAUCAUGUUGCUAUAUAGUGGUACCAUAGUAUGAUUGUGUGUUGAAGCAUAGUACAAUGAACAUGAGUGUACUGAAAAUGUGUAACAUGUGUGAGAUUGUUUUGAAGAAUGUAAUAUGUGUAAAAAAGUAUUAAAUAAUGUGGUAUGUGUAUGAAAAUAUUUUAAAGAAUGUGAUGUCAGGGUUUUAAAUAUAUUUUUUUAAUAUACACAACUUUCGUACUCAAGUGACCUGGAAAGUUUAUUUAAUUAGUUGAUAGCAACAACAAUAUAAUACAUUUCUUAAAAAAAUAUAUUUAUAUACAUUAAACAAAUACUUGAAUAUAUUAUAAGAACAUCAACUAUAAUGAUAGAAUACAAACCUAAGUAAAUCAAUAAGUAAGUUAGCGUAUAUUCUUUUCACCAAGUAUAGAACAAUGUAGACUUCAAAUAAACUACUAUUGAUUAUACACUAGUAUACAUCUCUUAUGUAAGAGCUGCCAAAAUAUAAUUUAUUUCAGUUUGAUAAUUUUACUAAGCACUUUUAAUGUUCUCAGAACAGAUAUCAAUAAAGCUCAAUUAAAAAUUUUAGGCCUGAAUAUGAUUAAUAAUAAAUUUCUUCUGUACAUGAGCUUCUGGCACAGAAAUAAUACAUAACUUGUAUUAAGACCUUUCAUAAUAGUAGAGUUAAUCUUUCACCUACAGAUGAAAUGUGCAACAAAAUUAACACUUCACAUUAAUGCUGUUUAAAUAGCAGAUAUACUGCUUCUAAUAAUUGAUGUUUAUCCAUGAAUGACAUUUCAUUCUUUAUAUUUAUCUUGAUGUUAUUUGUUACAACACAGACUUGUGGAGUGUUAUUCAACAGACGUUCUUAUUCUGCACACAACUCUCUCCUAUAGCUAUGCUGGGGAAUUUAGUAAAAAGUUAUCAUACAGACACUUUCAUCCUAGCUGACUGUCAGAUCAGUAUAUUGUAAAUACAGCUGUGGAUACCCCUUUAUAAUAGUAAAAGUAGUUGGACAUUUCCUACUUUAUGCUAAAAUAUGAAACAUUUGUGUUCAUGCUUGCAAUGUCUUCUUGUUUAACUAAGUUCUAAAAGUAGUUUAGGGUUUCAUCAGUUGUUUGCUGGAGCCUUCAGGUUGUUUUGUAUUAAUAGUGGUAACAACAGAUUUGAGCAAUGACUCUGACUGGCAAAGUUUCCAUUUGUGAUAUCCUUAACAUGUAUGUUAUUGGAUGAAGCUGGAGCCUCAUUCACUCCAGCUGCCAUUGGCAAUGUUUCUAAAGAUCUUAGACUUGAUACUCGCUCAACUGGAGCUUUAUUUGAGUUCUGGUUCUAUUGUUGAUUCAAAUUGUUCUUUGGCUGUUGCAGAGAAUUAACAAAGAUGUCAUGGUCUGGGUGGUAAUAAAUUGGAAUAGAUUCAGAAGACUCCUGUCGACUUUGGCUGUUGGAAUAUGUGUGUACACACCAGAAUGUUUCUUCCCCAGAUGUUUAUUUUCAAUAUAACCAUCAUCCUUUAGUGCCAGUAGAGUCUUCUAUAAGACAGUUGGCUGGACCAAAAGCUUGAUUCUUCUGGUCUGUCUGGAUGAAACUUGUUUCCCAGGUUUUUAGGUGAGAUUAUUGUACUUGCUGUAUAUUUGAGUAGUAUUAAAGGCUUAUCUUCCAGGUCUAGGAACUUGUCCAUGGUAUCCAUACUGGAUAUGGACUGCAGUUAUGUUUUUUCUGUGCUUGGACUAGUUUGAUGUGGGCAUGGGAAUAAGAUAAUCUGCAGAGUUUGGUGACAGCAGGUCAUUGUAAGGUUGAAAACCUAAAGUGACCAUACAGAAAUAUUGUAAUAGCAUAAAAGGCUUUGAAUUCUUUUCAGGUUACAUCUUCCAUAAACCAGUAGGUAGGGUAGGUAACUUAUGUAACAGUACUUGCCACAAUUGGUGCUAAUAUCGCUCACAUAGUUUUGCAUUUGCUGUUAAGACCAUUUUAAAAAUAUAUAAGAUAAAUUUAUUAGUUGUCAAUAGUUUGAAGAAUAUUGAGCAUGUAAAUACAUUGCUUUGUUACAGCAUUAAUAGUUUUACAUUAAGUGUAGCUAAAGUAAACCUAAACAUUUUAUAUAAUAUAUAUCCAUAAACAUAUUUGUAAAAAAUUAUAAUGUUAAAUUUUCUACUUGGCUUAACUAGAUGUUAAAAAUUAAAGUUAGUAAAACAUUCAUUAUAUGUGUAUAGAAAGUAUGCAGCUCAUGUGUUUUGAAGUUAGAUAGACUCAACAUGUGAUAAUGAGUCAGAGUGAAAUGUCUCCAUGGUGUUAAGGAACCACAGAUGGAAAUGUAUAGGACAUACUGGCCUACGGAAGAAUAGAAACAUCUUUGUCAAAUGUAUGCAAUUAAGUGUAGUUGAAAUCUGUAUAGAAUCCUUACUAACAUUGCCCACCUUUGUAAAAUACAUGUAAUACAGAUAAAUAUAUAUAAUUGAAGUAACAUAGCAGUAUUACUGCGGACAUACAAUGCUAGAACCGGGUAUUGAAACCCGUGGUGGGCAGAGCACAGAUAGCUCAUUGUGUAGCUUCGUGCUUAACCACAAACUAACAGUUGAAAACCAAAGUGUAAGUUAUGAUCUCAUUCAAAUAAUGGAUAACAACAGAUUUGUUAAAAUCCUACGUACAGUAUAAUUGACGUU